AUGGUAUUGAUCUCCGAUUAUCUUGCACACGAUACAAAAUUUGUUUACUCUGGACAGAAACUCAUCGUUGAUUUCCUUAGAAAACAAUACCCAAACGUUCUGAAGUUAAAUUAUGUCAGUGAUGGUGCAUCGGCUCACUUUAAGAAUAAAUACAAUAUGUACAACUUGGCUCACCACCAUGCAGAUUUUAAUAUUGUUGCAUCAUGGACAUUUAGUGCAACUGGCCAUGGAAAAGGUCCUUGUGACGGUGUAGGGGCAGUGGUUAAGUCAACUGCUACACAACAUUUACUUAAAGGUGGGCCAAAUGCUUCCUUCUCAUCGCCUAAACAAUUUUAUGAAUGGUGCUUCGAAAAAAAUGAUCGAAUGGUUAUCGCAAGACCUCGUCGAAUAGGCACUUCAAAAUCCUUAACAACUCAGAUGCCCAAACCUAAUCGCCCUAUUGAAGUACGUUGGCUGUCUGGUGAUGUUGUCAACAAAGAAUUCGAAAACUGUUUACAGCAGCGAUGGAGUCGACUUUCUACCCAAGGUAUCAUUUUAGUACAAUAG